GUAGAUAUCUGCCAGUACCUAUUUCAUUCUAAAAAAUGUAUGAAACAUAUAAAUGGUUUCAAGUUUGAAUAGAAUAACCUGGUAAUACAUUACUGUAUACAAAUGAAACAAUAUUAAUUAUGGAAGUUAUCUGCCCUUUGUUAGGAGUCGCGACAUUUCUAAACACAGCGUCUUCCUGAAGGAAGACAUUGAAAGGAAAAAUGGAUCAGAAUCAAAAUGCUAAUAUACAGUACCAUUUUGCCCAGCCAACUGGGGAGAUAGUGGAAGGUGCAGACCCUGGUGGUGGGCAGCCUGUUGUCGCUCUGCAGAGAAUCCUGGACAACCAACAAGUCAUCUACACGACUAAUGAGGGUGAUGGUCAUUUACAGGUAUAUCACCAUGAUGCCAGUCAAGCUAUACAGGGUCUGGAAGGCCAGGACACCAUUGUGUUUCUUGAUGAGGGAAUGGAGGUAGAGACCGAGACUGAGGUCGCCACAGCAUCCGAGGCUGUCGAGGCUGUCAAGUAUAUUGACCAUGGUGAAAAUCAGAUGCAAAAAAUCAUCAUCCAGGUGGCACCACAGGACCAAGAGGUCAGACAGGAGCCCCAACGUAUCGUAAUUCCAGGCUUGGAGAAUUAUGUAGUACAAUUGGCUGAGCAAGAUCAAACAGCAGGAAAUGUCCAUCUUUAUCAAAAUAUACAGCCGAAAACUGUAUACCCAAAGGUAGCCAUUAAAGGUCCUGAUAAAACCGCACAUAAGUCCCAGCCAUUAAUAUUAAAACCUCCACAAAUCAUCCAACAAAGCACAAGCCAAUCAACCAGACCUGAGGCUACAGGUGUCGGUCAGAGUGACACUUCACAACAGCCAAAAGUAGUGAUUAGCCAAAAACAAGUUAAACACCAGAAAAAACGACCAACACCACAGAAUGAAAAUACAGAGUACAUCUAUGUUUCUAGAGUGCUUGCUUCUUCUAAAGAUGAGACUAGUGAAACCGGGAAAUCAGUAUAUAACACUAUUAAAGUUUACAAAUCCAUGCCGAAAAAGGUUGAUGAGAAACAGACUGAAGGAAUGUCUUCACAGCAAGGAAGAUUCAAACAGGUAGCACCUACACCUGAAUCAGAACAGAAGGCAGCAAAUUCAUCACAUCAGGUGACACCACCAUCACAAAAGGUGACACCACCAUCACAACAGAUGACAGUGGUGGAAGCACCAUCACAACAGGUGACUGUGGUGGAAGCACCACCACAACAGAUGACAGUGGUGGAAGCACCACCACAACAGGUGACAGUGAUGGAAGCACCAUCACAACAGGUGACAGUGGUGGAAGCACAAUCACAACAGGUGACAGUGGUGGAAGCAUCAUCACAACAGAUGACAGUGGUGGAAGCACCACCACAACAGGUGACAGAGGUGGAAGCACCAUCACAACAGGUGGCAGAACGAUCACAGCAUGUCUCAGAAAUUCCACAUCAGACAGAAGAAACAUUGCAACAGUUGGCAGUAUCAACAUCAGUGCAGGAAAUGGAAAUGAUUUCAAAACAGUCUUCACAACAAUUACAAUCAGGUUGUAAAUCUUAUCCCAAAUCACCAAGAAUUGUUUCUGUGCUUGGAGCUAGUAAAAAUAUCAUCAGGAAAGGUGGCAAUAUCUUUAAAGUAGAUCCAGUAUCAAAGAAGAUCAUUUUUGAACCACCUUCUCCAGAGGAUACAAAUAAGGUUGCAAGUUUGGAAGGAAGCUUAAAGGAUCUAAAUUCUGAAAAUGCAGAUAAAAUCAACAAUCAUGAUGAUGAAGAGUCAGAUGUUGAUGAUGAAGAGGAACCUGUAGCAAAGGCUAAACCAUAUGAGAACCUAGAGAGAGUAACCACUGGGAAGAGAAAGGGAAGCUGGAAAAAGAAACCAAAAAGCAAGAAAAAUAAAUCCCAAUGUCAUUUUAAUCCCAAAGAUGUAGCCCCACCACCAAAACAGCCAACAAAAUCCAAAAAGCAAGAUAAAACUAAGGGUAAAAAGCUGCCUAAAGACAAAUCUAAUUCUAAAAGUAUGUUUAGUUUGGACCCAGAUAUUCAGAUUAAGCAGGAAGUUGUAGAGGAGGAUAGUGAAAUGUUACCCAAGCAGAAGACAAUUGAAGAGGAAGAAGAAGAGUUGGAAGAUAAGAAAUGCCGAAUGUGUCUAGCCCUUCACAAUGCAGAAUGUCCGUUGAUGCGUAGGCGAGUUAGGACAAGUAUAGGUGACAAUGUUAUUUGUUUAAAUUCCACAAUGCUUUCCUUACAGACCAUCCCCAAAGAGUUUAUACUCAGUAGGAGAGAUGGACAUGGUCUCAGCGUGUUUGCAUCAGACAUCAUUGUUAAAGGCACACACUUUGGACCUUUGGUGGGAGAAAAGAUGACAUUUGAAGAGAUUUCACAUAAAAUGGACUUCACACACCUGUGGCUUAUUGAGACGGAGGAGACAAUAAGUGCAGUGGAUAAGAAAAAGAUUAAAUACAAUUUCAUCAGUACAUACAAUGAGAUGACAAGUAACUGGUGCAGAUAUCUGAGACCUACUCUGAAUGCACAGGAAUGUAACGUGAUUAGCUACUGUAAAAACGAGGAGAUUUUGUUUGUAGCCAGGGAGGACAUACAGGAGGGUGAAGAAUUGAUCGUGUAUUUCCGCUUCAUUGAAGACCUCCAUAAUGAGCUAUGGUUUGCUGACCUGUGUAACCGUGUUGAGAAGCUGUGUAAGAGAUGUGAUGUGGUAUACACAAACCUUGUCAGCUAUGUAAAGCAUGUCCAGGUGUUCCAUCCAUACUCGCUCAAAAAACUCAAGGCCAUCUGCAAGGAGUGUGGUUUGGUGUUAGAGAGUACCGGAGAACUGACUACACACUGUAAGGAAGAACAUCAAGGCAAUGGGGCCUUUAUAUGUAAAGACUGUGGUAAACAAUUCCCCAUUCCACGUGGUCUACAUCAACAUCGCAAGUUCUUCCACAUCAUUGAGGGCAAUUUUCCAUGUGAACAUUGUGGAAAGUGUUUCUUCAACAAGUUCAAACUAAAAAACCACAUGCGGAAUAAGCAUUCAGGGAAGGAGCACAAAUGCAAUGUCUGCAAAAAGGUUGUUGGGUCUCAAAAUGCCCUAAAUCGCCAUCGCAAGUCACAUACUCGUGAAGGUUACAAGUUUACAUGUGAUCGAUGUGGAAAGUCUUGUCGUGAUAACAGUAAUUUACGAUCUCACAUGUUAACACAUGUCAAAGCAAGAAAGUUUCCUUGCACAGUGGCAGGUUGUGUGAUGAGAUAUGGGUCCAAGGUUGCUUUACAAAUGCACUAUGCCAAAACCCAUCUUCUUUCUGCAGAACAGAUUAAAGUACAUAUGAUUAACAUGACGAACCCAGAAGAACAGAAUGAAUUGGAUCAUUCAGAGCAGGAGAACAUGACAGGAGUUUUUUCUGGUACGCAGACUGAAAUUGUCUACGAGUUAGAAAGUGAGAAUGAUGAGUGGAGUGACUACGUCUAGGAAAUAUGAAAGAAAACAUUUUCAUUGACAUCCUAUUGUAUAUAAUAUAUCACUGUAAUUAUUCCAUCUUUUAGAGCAGACUGUUACAAAUGAACAAUGCAUGAUUCCUUACAUUUCAAGUACACUCUGUUCAAAGUCAUCAAAGCUUGAUCACUUUUGAGUGAAUAAGCUAAUUUUUUCUUCCAUUCAAAUAUCUACGGAUAUUCCUUAUAAAUGUAAAUGAGUUACAUGUUAAUUUUAAGUUGGACACGUUAAAACUGAAGAGAUUAUUGUCCACCACUUUACAAGUUUUGGAUAGGAUUGUAUCACUAAUAGGAUACAUUUGUAGCUGUGUCUUGAAAUAUAUCCUAUAUAUUGUUGUAGAUUAAAUUGUUUAAGUUGUAUCUGUUUACAUUUCAGCUGAACUUUUACCAUUAAUAAAUUCAUUCCAUCUCAC